GUGCCCUGCUUCUGGGAACCAAGUAGAACAGUGUGGUUCAGGUGCCUGAGUGCCACAUGCAAGGAACUGAGGCCAUUCCCCCACUGUCUCCUGACCAAGGACAGAGUCUGCAUUCCCUCUGCCAGCCAAGAACAGGAAAUUUGUCCAAAAUUACAAUGCAGGAUGACCCAUUUUAUCUUUUUGAUCUGAGGCCAGGACACUGAGCCAGGAGUUCACCUGUUGUGGGGCAGGGUGGGGUCUGCCCCGACCUUCUGUUACUCAUUAAACUGCCUGGACUCAUUCAGGAGACCAUGAGGCUAGAGGUGAGCAUUUGGCCUGGAUCCGCUGGUCCAGACCACUCCCUGGUGGCAUCUACAACACCAGCACCUGGGCUGGGCCAGCGCUGAGCCGGGGCAGUAGGACUUCCUCAGAGCAACCCUGGACUUGGGGCUGGCUCUGCCGUCAGGAGGGGAGCCCCCGAAGACACCUUCCCUCCACAGGCACCAGGACCAGAGGAGCCUAUGCUCGCCCACGAUGGGCGUCUUACCAGACACGGUUAGAUCUGGAUGCCUCUGUCUAAUACUGUCUGGUAAUGCCGUCCAUCCACGGCCUGGUCACCGCUGGAGCAGAACCCCUGGACCCACAGGACUCUCACUGGACACCAGACAAAGGCUGAGGCCUGUGGCCCAUCUGGCACAGCUGCCUGAGGCCCCAGGACCCUGCUGCUUCCCUCCCACCCCAUGGUGGCUUUGUCACAGCCACAGAGGUGUUGGCAUGACCAAGGGUUCCAUGCACUGAGACCUGCAUCUGCUGCCCUCAGGAGUGAAGGCAAGCAAGGCUGUCACAACACAGCCUGGUCCCCACACUGAGGGUCUACGAGGGCAGUCACCCAGCACUUUCGGAGGUGAAGGCCCUCAGCCUGAACCUUGGCCCUCAGUAUUCCCCACAUGUACAAGGCCAGGUGCCUAGCAAGGACCAGGCAGAAGCAGCUCUGCCUCUGCCCGUGACCCCAAAGCCAGUGUGGGGGAAAAGGACACGUGGGCAGGGAGGGGAAAGUCAGCCUGUAUUUCUUCUCAGGACCCAGAUACUCUUGGACGGUGCCAGCGGCAGGCCCUGGGGAUGGGAGAACAGGCCACCUCCCCCCACAUAUCCAGGGCUGAGGUGGUUUGGGGCCACCUCAAGGCCAUGGGCCAGGCCAGGUGAGAGUGACCACACCCAGGGAAAACAGGUGUUGAGAUUGUGCAACCCCUGCCCCUGAUCCCCCUUCUGCUCCCAGCUCUGUCUGCUGAGGCCCAGGGAGCUGACCAUACCCCAGCACUGGGCACUGAACAGACCCAGUCUUGCAGCAGCAACCCCAAGCCCUCCCUGCCAGGGGAAUCUGAAGCAACUCCACAAAGCUGAUGACUCUUGAGCAGCUCUGAACUGGUUCAUGAGUAAUAUGAGUUUGCUGUGAUGAGCACUGCAGUGGACCCCUCCCCUGGUGAGUGUGGCAGCUCAUUUAUCAGACCCACGUGAGCCUCAGACCUCAGCCCUGGACCCAAACACCCAAACCUGAGUAUGGCCAGCACUCAGGCUAGCAGGAAGUACCCCCAGCCAAGCCUGGGCACUAAUCCUGUGCCUAGCCCACCCUGUGUCUUUGCGGCUCUCCUCUGUAUGCUCCGUGGUGAUGAAGCCAGUCCCUCUUGAGAGCUGCUCCACUCAUAAACAAGGAACCCUGGGACUCGGCUGACUUCACCCUCCCAGAGCAGCUCCCACCCAACUGAGCACUGGACUCUGAGCCAGGCCUUUCUCUGGUGAGGAGCCUGAAGGUGUGGGCUCCUCCUCAUCCUUGCCUGGUUCAUUGUGAACAAAAUAGAAAAAAGUCUGUAUGGCAAUAAACUGACGCCUGAAAGCCAGUGGACUCUGACCACCUGCUUGUAACUACACAGAAUAUCAACCGGAAGCUCUGCAUGGGCCUCCGUGACACUGCUGGGAGAGAGGCCCCUCCUCCUGUCCAUCCCUGAGUCUUUCCUGACUCAGUUCUGGUCCCAGGGAAGGGUACUGGGAGCAGGAAGGACAGACAGGACAUAAUUCUGAUGUUUCUGAGCAGAUUUCUGAGGCAGAGCUCUCUGAGCCCAGGCCUAGGAAGGGGGAGCAUUCACCCAAGCCAUGGCCCAGCAAGAAGGCCCUAGCAGAGGCACUGCAGGGGCUCCAAGUCUGUUCUCCCUCCAGAGGAGAGGCUGCUGCAGAUGGUGUGGGCCAUGGCUUUGGUGCUGCCCAUGCCCACCAUGUAAGCUGGUGCAAGUCUCUGGAAGACAGGCUGCCCUGCUCCCCAGGCCUGGCCCUGAUGCAGGCUAAGCAGGUCAGUAUGGGUGGGGACAAGCACUCUCUCUGCACAGUCCAGACUGGCACUCUGGCCAGGGUGAGGCCAAGGGGCGCUCUGCUCAAGCCAAGAGACUGUGCCCUGGCUGCCAGGCUGACCAUAGCUGCCCAAGCAGAGGUCUGCUGGGCCAGCACAGGUGGCUGGGUGCACCAGGACUGAGCCCAGAGAUCCUCAGAUGGGUAAGGCCAGCAAUAAGAAGCUGACGCCCCCCAAGGAACAGUGGGGUAAGGGUAGAAAUGCUGGGGUUCUUCACAGAGGGCACCUCUCCACCCCAGCCACACCUUGGGAGAUACCCCAUCCUGUCAGUUCAGGGAAGAGCCACAUGGGGGUGCAGCCUGAGGCACCCAGCAUCUGCUCAAGCCAGGGAGCCCCUAGAGCAAGCAGUGCUGUGCAGGACCCUAGAAGGAGAGGUCAGCAGGGCAUGAGGCCACAAGGCUAGGGUCAGAGCCUGUCCAUCACGCCCAUCACUCUCUUCCCCUCGUCCCUGCGCAGACGUUGGCCCCUUACCAUCCACCUAAAGCCUAUGUUUACCCAGGCACUACUGGGAUGCAGUUGCCAGGUAACAGUUGCUGAGAGAUGUUGCCAGGUCACCACUGUUGUAUCCCAGCAAAGGGCUCUGGAGAUCUCUUGGUUAGGUAAGAGGGAGUGGCAAAGCAGAGUCCUGGCUGAAGCUGAAGCUGAAGCUUGGUCCUGUCCUCCUGAGGCCCUCUGGGGACCCAGGAGUCAAAGGAAGGGAGCAGGGGCCAGAGAGAGAGACAGGCGGGCAGCUUGGCUGAGCUGAGCCUUCUCCACAGGCAGAUUUGGGGAGGGCUAGGCACCCUCAGGACAAGUUCUUCGUCCACAGCAGGUUUAAAAGCAUCUGUUGAACCAGAGUGAUUUCCCACCAGUCUGUAAUCUGACCAGCCAGCACCGGGGCAGCUCUAGGCAAGGCCAAGACAGUGCCAGCAGUGCAGGACACGCCUGGCAAGGCAGGAUGCAGAGAUGGCCUCGACCCUUCAGGCUACGAGGCCCCACAGCCGUCGCCGAGACAGGAGCCAGCUUCAAGCAGAAGCCACAGUCCGGGACAGGAGGAAACAGCCUUCCCUGAGCAGGGUGGGCCUAACCCUGUGCCCUGUCCAAGGGCUGGGGCCUCGGGCCACCCGAAGGCCCCACAGGAGAGUGGGUGCAACAUUUUCCCAGAGGGGCCCUUGCCAUGGGGCCCCCAUGCUGUUCACCCGCAGCCAUGUCCUGUUUGUCCACCACUGGGGUCAGCACACAAGGACCCACAUCUGCUCCAGAAGACCCAAGCGGUCCAGGAUCCGGCGGCACCACGUCCAGGUGCCAGGCUGGACCCAUGAGAGACGGAUGGGCAGCAGUGGCAAGGAGCAGCUGAGCCAACUGAACACAGAUGCAGACUUCCUGGAUGGUGCAGAUGCUGCCAGGUCCCCAACGGCCCUCCUGAAAGAGUUCCUGCAGGACAGGAACAAGCAUCUCCCCAGCAACAGGCAGGGUCCCUACUUCUACAUUGGCGGCAGCAAUGGGGCCUCCAUCAUCAGCGCCUACUGCAGGAGCAAGGGCUGGCAGCGCACCCAGGACAGCCACCGGGAAGACUACAGGCUGAAGUGGUGCGAGAUCAAGUGCCGGGACAAUUACCACAACUUUCGGGAAGGCCAGCAGCUGCUGUUCCAGCUCCCCAACAACAAACUGCUCACCACCAAGAUUGGGCUGCUUAGUGCCCUGCGGGAACAUGAGAGGACCCUAAGCAAGGUGAACCGGAUGCCGCUGGGCACCCAGACCAGGGUGCUGAAAAUGGAAGACUUUUUCCCUGAGACCUACCGCCUGGACAUCAGCAAUGAGAGGCAGGCCUUCUUCACCCUUUUUGACGAAACCCAAAUAUGGAUCUGCAAGCCCACAGCCUCCAAUCAGGGCAAGGGCAUCUUUCUGAUCAGGAGCCAGGAGGAGCUUACCACUCUGCAGGCCAAGAUACAGAGUGCGGAGGAUGGCCCCCUCCACUGCAAGACGCCCUUCCGGGGGCCUCACGCACGGGUGGUGCAGAGGUAUAUCCAGAACCCACUGCUGCUGAAUGGGAAGAAGUUUGAUGUGCGUUCCUACCUGCUCAUCGCCUGUGCUGAGCCCUACAUGGUCUUCUUUGGCCAUGGCUAUGCUCGCCUCACCCUCAGCCUCUAUGACCCCCACUCCAGUGACCUCAGUGGCCAUCUGACCAAUCAGUUCAUGCAGAAGCAGAGCCCCCUGUACGUGUUGCUGAAGGAGGACACGGUGUGGAGCAUGGACCACCUCAACCACUACAUCAAUGACAAGUUCCAGAGGACCAAGGGCCUCCCCCAGGACUGGGUCUUCACCACCUUUACGAAGCGGAUGCAGCAGAUCAUGGCCCACUGCUUCCUGGCGGUCAAGUCUAAGCUUGAGUGCAAGCUGGGUUACUUCGACCUCAUUGGCUGUGACUUCCUGAUUGAUGAGAACUUCAAGGUGUGGCUGCUAGAGAUGAACUCCAACCCCGCCCUGCACACCAACUGUGAGGUCCUGAAGAAGGUGAUCCCCGGAGUGGUCAUGGAGACCUUGGACUUGGCGCUGGAGACCUCCCAGAAGAGCCUGCGUGGCCAGAAGAUGCUGCCCCUGCGCUCCCAGCGCCGCUUCGCGCUCCUGCACAACGGCGAGGCAGACCCGCGCCCGCGCCCACGCCCGGGGGCCUCGGGCGCAAGGCCCCGCCCCCGGGGAGCGGAGGGGCACGGGCCACCGGGGCUCCUAGCGGCCGUGUGUCCCGGGACCAUAAAGGCUACUUUGUGACAACGCGUCCUCCUCAGCGCCCCGGGGCCACAGGCUUCCUUCGGGCCUCACCGCGGGCCUCAACGGGGCAGGAUGCGGGGGGGGGGGCGAGGGGGAGGCUGGGGCAGCCCUUCGGGUCCCAAGCACCCCGCCCCACGUCCUCGAUCUCUCAGCGCCCAGGAUCCUCCUGCGCGGCCUCUCGCGGGGAUCCAGUCGCGUCCCCAUAGUCCUUAGGGUCCCUCUCGAUUGCUCCCCGGGCGCAUGAGGCUCGCGCCACCCUGUCCCUCAUAUCAGACACAGCCUCUACCCAGCCCAGCGUCCUUUUCCCUCGAACCUUGAUGGGGUGGUGGAAUCAGGACAGAGUGGUCCCUGGAAGGUUAUGCUGAGCCCACAGACAGGACUUUCCCAGGCCCCUAAGUGUCCAGGGCCCCAUGAGUGGCCCUGCACCCUCUUGCCCCUUGACUGCCCACGCCCUGGCUUCCAGCUGCCCACCCCAGCGUCUGCGCUCUCCCAAAGUCAGGGCCAAGUGGAAAAGUCCUCCUCCUGCCCUGCCCACACUCCCACUAGCCCCGCACAUCAGACCCCAUCCACCCCAUCUGGGAGAAGCUGGCAGAUCCCAUCCCAGCUCUUUGUUCUUGGAAGAAGCCUCGCUUGAGACAGGGUGGCCCCAUUUCCAGCAUGUAAGAACCUGGCACCAGGAGAGGGCGCCAUCCACCAUGGUGGCUGGUGCCACAGGGAGACCAUGGACAGAAAGGGGACUGGGGCUCACAGCCAAUGGUUCCAGAGCACCUGGGUGGGCCACGGGCACCCCCCGCCUGCCACAGCCCUUCCAAACACAUCUGUUGCCUGCCCAGGAGAACACUCAGGCAGGAAGGGGUAAAGACCAGCUUCUGGGGCUGGGGCACCAUGCCCACCCCGGGAUCAGGGUCACCUUUCUGUCAACACCCAGGGCUGCUGCCCAGCCAUGUCACUUCAAGGUCACUCUCACUACCCUCUGUUCUUGCCACCCUGAGACCCCGGGCCUCUGUGCCACACUGGCCUCUGCCCCCUCUCAGAGUGCCCUGCCCAGUCACCCCCAGCUCUUUCCUCCUGUCACAUGGGGCUGUGACUCCCAGUUCAGGGGCACUGAGAUGUCAGCAGAAGCGAUGGCACUUUCCCUGCUGCUCUGGGGACACGGAGCCUCCACGUCGAGAUGUGAUGAGAAGUGCCCAAUGGCAGUGGCCUGCCCUGUGCUGAGGAGACCCAACCCAGCCCAGGAUCCCCAAGGCCUGGACUGUAUCUGCUGCACCCACACCCUUGGCAGCCCCCCGGGGCUGGAAUGUCAAUAAAGUUUCCAGAGAUCCUC